AUGAGGAUGCUUGCCUACGGCAGUCCAGCUGAUUCGUUCGACGACACAUACCGCAUGGCCAAGUCAACAGUUCUUGAGACUGUGAAGCAAUUUGCAAGAACCGUCAUUGCUGUUUAUGAGUCUGAUUUCUUGAGGCCACCGACUGCAAGUGAGCUUGAGACAAUUUUACGAGUCAAUGAAGCUAGAAGUUUUCCUGGGAUGAUCGGCAGCAUUGAAUGUAUGCAUUGGGAAUGGUCUAACUGCCCGACUGCGUGGCAUGGCCAGUACAAGGGGCACAAAGGCAAACCGACCAUAAUUCUGGAGGCUGUUGCUACGCAGGACUUGCGCAUCUGGUCCCCGGUGUUUGAUGACCUCGCUGAAGGACGAAGACCGCAAUUUGAGUUUGAUGUUAAUGGAAACAAGUACAACAUGUGUUACUAUCUUGCCGAUGGAAUAUACCCUGAUUGGGCUACGUUGGUUGUGGAGCCAAAGUGA